UCAACUUUUCGUAAGUCGACCGCCCCAACGCGGUGGACAUUGGUAUAAAGUGAGGAGGCUUCGUCGAUUCUGCACUCAUCGCUCACCAGCCGAAUCGAACACAAGCUCAACAUGAUCAAGAUCGCGUGCUUCCUCCUCAUGGCAGCUAUGGCGUCUGCAGGAGUACUCCAUACCGCCCCUCUGGUCUCCGGACCUCUGGUUGCAGCACCAGCGGCAGUGGCAGCUCUUCCAGCACCCAUCGUAACGGCUAGAAGCAGUCAAGUCGUGGCUAGGAACUAUAACACGUUCGCUGCUGCACCACUCGCGGCUUAUGCCGCGGCUGUACCUGCGGCUCUACCUGCGGCCGUACAUGCAGCCGUACCUGCAGCCGUCCAUGCCGUACCUGCACCGAUCGCCUUUGCCGCUCAUGCUGCGCCACUCGCAUUCUGAUCCCGUCCACGUUGCGACCACCCUGAUA